ACUCUCGGUAAUGAGCGAGACGGCAGCACGCUGCAGCGCUCAGCUCCUCCUCUCCGACUGGACGCUGCCCUCCGUGCUGGAGGUAAAAGGUUAGUGUUAAGAGGUGAUUCCUGCAAGGCACCCACAGAGCAGCCGCUAUUGAUCCUGAAGCCAGAGAGGAAGGAAAAAAAUCUGCCUUUUCAGGGCCCGGUGGUGUGAGACCAGCGGGUCAGCACUCUGCUCUACACACUGAAAUAAAUGAUUUUUUGGCCCUGUAAUUAUUAUUUCAACUAUCUAUAUAAAUUCUACUAAAUAAUAUGAAUUCACUGUUUUUACUUUAAAAUAGCUAUUUUUCAUGUAGUGCAUUACUUGGUGAUUGUUUGUAAUUAUGUUUCCUCAUUUUUGUAUGUAAAUGGAAUCCUUCAAUCCAAGUAAUAUUCACUUAAUCAGUUUGUUGGCUUACUCAGUUGAUAUUUCUAAGUAAAAUGUAAUAGAGAGACAUCAUUGAACCCUACAACCUUCUGUAUUCGGAGCAUGACGUCAAAGCCCCUCCCCCACUCUUCAGAGGCCUUCAUCAUCGUAAGACAGUAACUGUGCUUCCUCAUGCCACGUUUCAUAUGUGUUGGGGAAUUCAUUGAGUGAGACGUGAAAGAACUAGCACAUUGGAGCCAAGACGGGGGAAAACGUAGCGGGAGAAGUACGACACCGAGCGGCCGAAGAACUGAGGUUGUCAAGGAUUGUCCUGCAAUCAAAGACCUCAUGGAGAGAUGGCCUUCUCUGUUCAGUGAAAAUCAGAUCAAAGAAGAGUUUAAAAGACUGACCACGGUGCAUCUGGAGCAAACCUUUUUGUCCAGUUUGGACAGGUUUACUCCAAAACUCCUGGCAAUGUUUCAGAAGAAGGGCGGGACUGCAGGGACCAAAAUAAGACCAAUGCUGGACUCACUGAAUGAGCAUCAUGUUGAUGGCAGAAGGGACAUCAUCAUUAGUUGCUUAGUUGAGUAUCUUGGAGAGAGUGGAGAGGAGCUGAUCAAAGACUAUAAGGAUGUCAACCAAGAAGCGGCGAAAGAGGACUGCAAUGAGCACUUGAUGAAGGUUGCUGUUAUCCAUCCCAGUGUGGCACAGGACAACCAAGAUCCAGUGUACGUGUGUGUCAUUAUUGAGGGACUUGAGGUUUUGCAGGACUGCAAAACUGUGACAAACGCUUGCCUCCUCCUCAUGGGAGUCAUCUAUGCUGUCAAUUUAAGUUAUCCACAGAAACUGAAAUAUACUUUUGAAGCAUUUCAGAAGCUUUUCCUUGAGCUUGACAGCCUGAGAAUGUCAGCAAAGGUCCAGUCUCUGCACAAAAAACUUCUACAGUGAGUGGUCAAGUGUUAAUUGUGCUUUUGUUCAGCACAAAUAAUGUUUACGUUUGUCAGUGAUUUCACAUGUUGGCCAGUUUUAUAAGCUCUUACUGUUAUGGUCAUCCUAUUAGCAAAGGUGCAGUCUCCAUGAGAAACUUUGUGAGUUUUAUUGCAUUUGUAUUUGUGCUUUUGUCCAGCACAAACAAUUUGUUGUCAUUUUAUGUCAGUUAUCUGACAGUUAUUUCAAGUGUUGCUUUUUGAAAUUCUAAACUGCGGUUUAUAUCAAUCUCUACCUUUAUGCAGUUUUUUACACAUUGGUCACUGUAUUGAAAUUUAAGAAGGUUUAUGGGCAUGCAUGUGCAAUGUUAUAUAGAUAUUUUUAAUAUCUACACUUUCUAACAUUAAAUAAAAAUGUCAUUCAAAUA